AUGCAUGAUCUUUGUCUCUGUGACUUUGGCACAUGUCGCUGUGACCAAAGGGCACCUCCCACCUUAUUCUCCUCUUCUCACUGUGUUCAUUUCGGGAGAAGAAUAAGAACACCCUACCACUACUGCAGCAAACUAACUCCAUGCGUCUCCCCUUCCCAAUGCUCCACAGUCCCCCCCGAGCUGACCGUGUACUGUGACAGCCGUGGGAACCCCGUGUGCAAGGCAGUGGCAGGGAAGCCGGCUGCUCGGAUCCGGUGGGUCCCAGAGAGCAACUCCAGCCCUGAGGAAGAAGACCAUGGUGACGGGACAGUGACUGUUCUCAGCACAUUCACGGGAAAUGGCACCAAUCUGAAUAGUACAACCUGCUUUGUGUCCCACCCAGCUAUGAUCCACAACCAGUCCAUAGCCUGCCUCUCAGUGCUUUCCCAGGCUCUCAGCACAGGAAACUCAGUGCUGUGAAGACGGCUCUCCAACUCCCAGCAGCUAAUCAUCCGGGAGCAC